CAUCCUUCAUUUCCUUGAAUGUACUCCGUUUCAUUCAUGAUGGCUGCCUUCCAUUCAUAAAAAGCUGAGGCGCAGUUCAGCUUUUAGCCGACCUGCGCGCCACCAUCGCUGUAUGAUUCUCCGACCCGCGCUAGAUCUAGUGUAGCGUUGACGUUGGUGGAGGGCUGUUGCUGCCUUUCGUUAGUCGAUUUCUAAACUGUUUCAUCUAAUGUGCCUGGAUUACUUCACUUCUGUUUCUAUGAACGCGCCAUUAGAAACGUAAAGCAACGCUGUGAUUAUUGUGUGUUUUAAAAUGGUUCGUGAACGAAUGAAAAGUGCGGAUUUUUUAUGUUUGACGACUUCUUACGGUCCAACGACGGAAGUUUCGACCAAAGUGUUAAAGUGAGUCCAGCCUAUUAACAUGUUUCUUGUAGGCAUUUAGGAUUAUUAAGCUUUCUGGUAUUCAGUGUGCGAACGAAUGGUUUCGUGUGCCUCGACCUCGGCACUUACGUGCAUAUGACAUUGAGCUGUAGCUGGAGAGGACGAUGACGGACCAGAACGAAGCCUGGAUAGGCCCUUAGGAACGGCCUCAUGGAUAGCCAUGGAGGCCAAUCCAUGCCGCGUGCGCAUCGACCUCGGGCGCCAAUAAUGAGCACACCCGUGCCAUUGACAGCACCCCUAGGUCCGCUGCGGCCACCACAGCCGGUCACGCUGAUUGCCCCACGCCCAAAAAAUGAACGGGCCACCAACGAGUACGUUGAGACCCCAUUCCGAGCAACUCCCCCAAGUCCACCACCGACGCCGCCUAGGGCGCCAAGGCCGAGACGCCUGGACAUCCCGCCGCCCCUUCCUCCCAUUACCAAGCAGCCACCUUCGAGCCUCAGCUUCCAGAAAGAGCGGUCGGACCAGUGUAUGCAAAGUACUUCAAUUAUCUGUUCGGAGUGCGGUAGAUGCCGUUGUGCCAGUUGCCAGCGGCCAAGACCGCUGCCCGAAAAGUGGGUUUGCGGAAACUGUUUGUUAUCCGCGGACACCAUCAUUGACUACACGUCGUGCUUGUGUUGUGUUAAAGGACUAUUUUAUCACUGUUCAGAAACGGACGGCGGUGAUAGCGAGUCAUGUGCGGACAAUCCAUGCGGUUGUGGACCAAAUAAGCGGGCGGCCAGAUGGGGCUGUCUUUGCGCUCUCACGUGCGUCCUCCCCUGCCUGUGGCUAUAUUGGCCUCUGCGAGGUUGUAAGCGGGUUGUUGAGGUGUGUUAUGCGCAACAUUCGAGGUCGGGCUGCCGGUGCCAGCCUUCUGUGCCUACCCCUGAAAAGAGGCUCUUGGAUUCAAGUCCGGAUCUUUAGUGUGUGGUGAUAUGCACCAGGGAAUUGAGCGGGGCACCUACAACAACUGGCCACGCCGCCCUCUCGACUUUGCCAUAUCUCUUUCGAAGAUAAGCCUCUGUCGCGACUGCCUAAUGAGUACCUAUACUACUAUACUUUAUACAUUAUUAAUUUAUUUUUGUAAAUAUUUAGGUAUACCUUGGUAUAACUUGUCUAAAAAAAGAUAUUCCGUGCUUGUUAAGAGUGUCUCCAGCGAUACGUCAUGUUGCAAAUACGCAUUUCAAUAGAACACUGAACAUCAUUCACAUCACUCUUUCAAACUUGGAAGUAUUCAGAUCCGUAGAAAUGACUUUGUUGUUGAGUGAGGUGCCGUCUUGGUCAAGUUCGAUGUAAUCAAAAUUUGCAGGUAGUCGGUUACUAUCAGUUGUGUGUAAUUUAUCGUUGGGGGCAUCAGACUUCCAGUAUUAUCUAGUCCUGUGCGCUCACUGUGCCGCUACCAUCUAGGGCGGUCGGUUUAUAAUAUAUUUACUUUUAUAUAUAUUUAUGUGAACCGGCAGCCUCAAUCAGUCAAAACCUGGUGGCAUCCGACGCUGUAAGCCUUCCGGGAAUUCGAUGCGGCUAUUUAUGAAACUGAGUGCUUGUGUGCCUGUAUGAAUGUUCACCACCUCGAUAUUCUCCGAUGAACAUCGCUCCACGAUUUUGGGUGUUGCCGAAUGCUUUUGAAUCGGAAUCGAAACGAAAUUAACUAAUCUGAUCGAUUUUUUCACUCAAUCAUUCCAGAAUGUUUGUUUUUGCUUAGAUAGUCAAUGUAGAUAACACAGGAAGUCAGAUUAGAACUCGGGUUAGAAUGUUUGAUACUUUUGCGGUAAAUCUUCAAAAUUCUAACUGAUAGUCCGGCAGGAAAGAGCUUUUAUUGAAAUUGUUUUCUUUCGUUCGUUUGUUAUUAUCCCUCAAUCUCAAAAUGAAUUUCAGAAUGCAUGCUGUGCUAGGAUAACGAAAAAUCCGAGUGUUUCCUCACUUGUACGUACAAAAUGGUUAGGCAAGUCCGAGGCAAAUCAUACAAAUGUCAGUUCUAUCUGUCGAAUGAAUAUUUAUCCUCGAUACAUGAAAAAACUCAAAAUCUUCGUUGUAGUUUGUUCGAUGCUGACUAUACAGGGCGAAUAGAUUUUUAACAUUUGUGUGGGUAAAACACCAGGGUUCAUUCAUUUCAUAUCGGUCCAUUUCGGUCUCGAUUUCGGUUCAUAUGCUCUCAAUACAUUUUCAGCUAUAAAUUACAUCUUCUUCGGAUGUUGCUCUAUGAAAACUAUAGUGCAAAUUCUCUAGUUGUUAUUAUCUUUUUGAAUAUGAAAUCCUGAAAGUCAAUGUGUACCUUUUGCAUAAUCCCGAGAAAACCGCGAAAUUGGCGAAAACGAAUACGAAAGAAAAAAAAUCUUUAACCAUGUCGAAAUGGUUUUAUCGUUUGAAGGCGAUAUUCCCUAGUAAACAUGAUUAUGAUAUAUUAAUUUAAUAUUGACAUGAAUCAAUUAUCCAACCGUCCAAAAUAAUUCAAAUUGAUAAAUCAAAUGGAGAUAUCUCAAAAUAGACUGGAUGAGCGACCAAUAGUAAUUUUAUUGGAACGGUUUACCUUAGAUCAAGUGAGAAAACACGUCAGAUGUUUCAGAUGUGGGAACAGUUUGUGAUGAUUGAAGUGGAAAUUAUCGUUAGGGCAUUCAAAAAAUGAACGAAUAUAUAUUUUAUGAAAUGAUAACAAUUUCAUUGUUGAACGCCUCCUGGAAGCUGGUUUUUUGGAGAACAUCGAGGUGACUUUCAUUUUAUGAGAGGUUCGAGGGUAAGCUGUACUAUGUACAUCUAAUACUCAACUAAAAAAUAACGCAUAUAUUGAAUAUUUUUACAAAAUAUCUGUUGUGCACGUAAAAGUUGGUUGUUAAAGUUUAGCUUCCAGUAAGUUGAAGUAACAAUUUACUACCAGACGUGGGGACUUGAAUUUUAUUUGAAAUUAUUUUGUAUUAAAAAGUCAACGCCUGACUGUGAUAAAGGGAAAGAGAUAAGCUAGACUUUAUCAAAGAACUCUUUAUUCGCAUAAUCGUUCGUGAAACGAUACAUACAUUAGAGGAGUUAUCUCGAUAGCUAUUCGAUGUGGAUACAAGAUGAAUAAAUGAAAAUUUUCAACAGUUAUAAGAUGUUAUACCAUAUGUAUUAAUAUCAAGAGCUCUUCAAAUAUCAGACUUUGUAAAAUUAGUUUUCCCUUAUGUUUUCAUCGUUUCUUAUCUAACCAUUUCAUUGUUAGAAUUUUCAUGUUAAACGAAUAUCAUCAAUGUGGUAAUGAGUACUGAUUACUCAAACUGUACGAUGACUUCUGGUGGAUAACUCUCGAACUGUGUGUUGGUCCUUUAAGUAGAAAAUUUCGGAUAUUUUUUUAUUACGUGUACUCACCUUAUUUUUGUUAUGGUUGUGUUCAUAGGCGUCCAUCGAGAAAUGUGCUAUUGAAAAUGUAAUUCAUAAUCCAUUCCAAUUUUGUUCUUCCUUUUCAAGUCACU